UCAAUGAUAGAGAAAGUGAAGAUGUCAAUUUAUAGGCAUGAAGGGAAAAGAAUAGAUGAGGAAUCUACAUUUUACAAUGUGGUGCAUUAAAUUCUCGUGGAUCGUUGGAAUAAAAACAAUACUCCUCUCCAUUGUAUGGCACAUUCAUUGAAUCCAAAGUAAGUAUCACAUUUAAAUUUGUUUUAGAUAUUUCAUUUUAAUGGACUUAUCUAGUCUUUCUUGAAAUAAUUAUUUUUUCCUAUUUUGUAUUGUAGAUAUUAUAGUGAUGAGUGGCUCCAUGAGGAUCAAAAUAGAGUUCCUCCACAUAGGGAUGAAGAGGUGACACGUGAGAGGAACAAGUGUUUUAAGAGGUAUUUUGAAGAUAUCACAGAGCGAACCAAGGUGAUAACUGAGUUUGGAAAAUUUUCGGGUUAUGUUGAAGCAUUCUCGGAGUAUGAUUCUAUUCAUAAUAGGUGGCACAUGGACCCUUAUACUUGGUGGUGUGCAUAUGGUGCAUAUGCACCAUCUCUUCAAAAACUAGCUUUGAGAUUACUUGUGCAACCCGCCUCUUCAUCUUGUUGUGAGAGAAAUUGGAGUACUUACUCCUUUAUUCACUCAGUGAGAAGGAACAAAAUGGUCCCUCAAAGAGCGGAGGACUUGGUGUUCAUUCAUAGCAAUCUUCGUCUUUUAUCAAGGAGGAGCUCCCAAUACUUGCAA